CAUGUUGGAUGACUUAAAGAGAGUUAUCCUUGUAUAUUUCCAAAUGAACCCAGUUGACAGUUCGAGAAAACACACAGCAUCAAAUUCAAAAGGAUACAAUUUCUGGAAAAUUGUAGAAAUGGAUUUCAGCGGAUCUACUUUUGGCCAGUACAGACUCAACUUUUUGGGAUAUCAGUUUCUUUACGAGGAAAAACCAAUUAAUGUGAGAGCUCGAGAAGGAAUACAUCUUGCUUAUGAGACUCUGUUAAAUGGAAACGUUACUUCCGUGGGUGUAUACUACAAAAAGACAUCGUACGCUGCAGGACAAUUUCUAGAGGCAUUGGGGAAAUUAGUGUAUCCCAGAAUCCACUUACGACCAGCACAACACAUUGAUAUGUUAACACAUACAAAUUCUGCAACUGUGGUAUACGUAACUUCGCUUUCAGAUAUCAUUGAAAAGAGCUCUUUUACAGAUUCAAGAAAAGUUGUCGUUUUCCGUAUAUUUGAAGUCGAUACAGAUAACAUAAAUGGAAACAAGGAACCAACUUUGCAUCCUGAACCAAACGUGACCCAGGCAUUACGCGAAUUGUUCAUCUCUUGUAAAAAGCAACACAAUUACAAGUUUGGCCGGACUUUUAAUAUACUCCUUGGAAAGGAUGGACAAAUACGAUUUUGCAAUUUGACAAUGCUUAAAGAGUUUGAAACAUUUAUAUCCGAGUGCAAUUCAAAACAACUUUAAUGGCAUCCUUGCAUUUAAUCAAAGAUUGGCACAGCUUGGAUUGCAAUUCAGGAUAGCCGACAUUGGUAGAGUACAAUGAAACAAAAUAAUCAAGCAGGAUUUCCGGGCUAUUCAGAUAUUUGGAAUAAAAACAGAAAGACAUUGUA